UUCAUUCGGAAAAACAUCAAAAAAACAAUAUUUCGGUAAAACCCUACCUCAAAAUUUGUAGUGAUGCGUGAAAUUGUCACCCUACAUUUGGGACAAUGCGGCAACAAAAUCGCCCAAACCUUCUGGGAAACCAUAUGCGAGGAGCACUGCCUGAACGAGCGGGGCCAGUUCAUUGGGAAACAUUUUCUACCCCUGCAACGGAUCAACGUGUACUUUGAGGAAGCUCCCUGCUGCAACUUCGUCCCGAGGGCAAUCUUUGCCGAUCUGGAACCGGGAGCGAUGGUCGGAUUGAAGUGCAGCCGCUUCGGGCAGCUGUUUUCUCCGGAGAGUAUGGUUAAUGGAAUGCUAGGAGCGGGUAACAACUGGGCUCGCGGUUAUCAUACGGAAGGCGCCGAGAUGUUGGAUCGGAUCAUGAAUGUGGCCCGGAAAAUGGUGGAAGGAUGCGAUUGCUUCCAGGGUUUUCAGCUGGUGCAUUCGAUCGGCGGAGGAACCGGAUCCGGAUUGGGAACGUUGAUGAUGGAGAAUCUGAAGGACGAGUAUCCUCGGAAGAUACUGAAUACUUUCAGUGUGAUCCCAUCGGAGAAGGUAUCUGAAGUGGUGGUGGAACCAUACAAUGCUGUGUUCGCGUUGAAUGCCAUGACCGACUGCAGUGAUGAAACGUUUUGUCUGGAUAAUGAAGCUCUAUAUAACAUCAAUAUGACGACUCUUCGUGUCGAAAAACCCACCAUAGACGAUCUGAAUCACCUAAUUUCAAUGGCGAUGUCAGGCAUCACCUGCAGUUUUCGUUACCCCGGUCAGCUCAACUCGGACCUCCGAAAACUGCUGACCAACAUGGUACCCUACAGAAAGUUGCACUUUUUCGUACCGGGGAUUGCACCACUCACCUCCAAGGAAAGUCAAUGUUAUCGAAGUCUCUCGGUGUCGGAAUUGGUUUAUCAGAUUUUCGAUGAACAGAACCUUAUGGCAGCCUGCUCGCCAUCGAAGGGAAAAUAUCUAACGGCGGCUGCUCUCUUUCGAGGACGCGUAUCCACCAGAAAUGUGGAAGAACAAAUCGCCAACGUUAGGCAGAAAAAUCAUGGCUGCUUCUCCCAUUGGAUACCGAACAAUGUGAAAUCAGCCAUUUGUGACAUUCCACCGGCUGGGAUGAAAAUGUCUGCAACAUUUAUAGCGAAUACCACCGCCAUCACUCAGCUGUUUCAACGACUGCUGAACCAGUUCGGGACCAUGUACCGUAGAAAGGCUUUCCUCCAUUGGUACACCGGUGAAGGGAUGGAAGAAAAGGAGUUUAUCGAUGCCGAGCACAAUUUGAGGGAGUUGAUCAAGGAGUACGAGAGCCAAGAAGAAGGGACCGCGGGAUCAACGUUAGGUUCGAUGCAUGGUGAUGAAUAA